AUGGGCUCUCUACGGCUCGACGAACGAGGUGUAACCGACUAUUUCGACUCGCACUCGUUCUACAGAUUCCACCACAGAAACCGCCCGAACGAAACGCUCCUCAUCACCGAUGGAGAUGGCGAUGUCGAUAUGAUGACAUUCAACAUCUCCUCGUCGGAGAACUGGCAGAUAUACUACCAGCAAGGACGGUGGUUCAUCCGCCCGUAUGCAAGCUCAGUCGUACAAUCGUGGAAGGACUAUCAGCUAGGCCUCAUGCAGGAUGAAAAGGGGAAUGUUGGAGCGCUGCCGAAGGUUGCGAAGAGGAGUGGUGGACUGGGCCAACAGUGGACGUUUGCGCAGGUUGACGAUGGUAAUGGCGGAUUCGGGUACAGGAUCAGCAAUGGUCUCUUGGGCAACACUUCAUUCUUGGCUCUCACAGGUGAUGGCGGACAACCAGGCAUGCAGAGUAGCAGCGAGGGAACCGUGUGGGAUAUGCAAGUGAACCGACAGGCUGGUGAUCCAAGUAUGGAUAACUCGUAUGAGGAUGUAAACAACUUUGUGGUCGCCACUACCUCCGUUACGUCGGUUCUUUCCACCUCCAAAGCAACGGCAGGUCCUUCACUGAGCUCGGCCUCCAGCUCAACGUCGACGGCGACAUCCAUCUCUCCGGGCUCGGCCUCAGGCUCGGCCUCGGUCGGUUCGGGUGCGAUAGCGGGCAUCGUUGUGGGCGCUGUCCUGGUAGUCUUGGCUGCGACUGGCGCAUUCAUCUUCUUUGCGAAGCGACGGAAGAGGAAUCAAGUGAGAGAUAGGUAUCGAGAGGCUGAGCUCAGAUCGGAUACAAAGGUUACUUAUGCGCACAUGGGUAGUCCAGCAGAGAUCGGAAGUGACCCGGUGGUGCACAUGGGAUCGUACCAGGAGGAACGGUACGAACUGGGGAACGACGGCCCCUCUGCAAGGAGCCCAUCUAAGCUGCCGAUGACAGAAAACGAUGCGAAAGAUAUUGGAUCCGGAGGUGGUUCGCCUGCGGCACGCCUUCCAAGAGACGGGGUUCCAUGA